AUGUCUGUACCCAAAUAUCCAGGAUUGCUAGAAGAAGAGGAGACUUACGAAACUGCAGAAAAUAUGGAUCCGCAAUUAUACCGAGCAACAACCGAAGGCGACAUUCUUGAAUUUGUGAGAGCAAUGGAAGAAGGAACGCUCGACCGACACCACAGCCCGCCAGCUUCUUGUGUGCAGUUAGGCCCUCAAAAGAACACUGUUCUGCACAUAGCAACAAACUUUGCUCGUUACGAAAUUGUUAAACUUAUCUGCAAGGACUUACCUUUCUUUGUCGCUGAAAAAAAUGCAAAAGGCGACAUCGCACUCCAUAUAGCUGCAAGAGCUGGCGAUUCACUGCUCGUCACUUUGUUGGUUAAUUCAGAUUUCAAAGAAGGCGGACUCGAUGAGAAGAACGAGGAAGGAAAUACUGCACUGCACGAGGCUCUUAAAUACGGACACGAAGAAGUGGCUCGAAUACUGAUUAAUAAGAAUCCGGAGAUGCAUUAUUCUCUUAAUAUGGAAGGUAAAUCUUUGCUUUAUCUUGCUGCAGAGGCAGGAUUUGUCACUAUUGUUCGGCUCCUUUUGGACAACCCUGUCGGAAAUUACAGUGUGGGUGCAAAACACAAAAACAAGAUUCUUUGGUUUAUACGAAAAAAACUUGUAGAUGUAAUGAAAUUACUGUGGGAAAAGGAUCCAUCAAUGUUUCAGCUAAGAAACAGCAAAGGAAAGAAUCCUCUUCAUGCAGCAGUAUGCAUGGGUUAUACUGAAGGGGUCAAAUUCUUACUCGAUAACCAUUGUGAAUUUGCUUACCAGAAAGAUAAACAAGGAUUCUACCCAAUCCAUUCAGCUUCAAACAAAGGCCUUCUCGACAUAAUCAAAUUGAUGCUUCAACGUCGGCCGGAUGUAAGGGAGCUGCUGACUGGACAUGGUCAGAAUAUGCUGCAUGCUGCCGCUAGAAGUGGAAAGUACAGAGCAGUGGAGUGCAUGCUUAAAAUGCCAGAGCUGGAAAAGCUUAUUAACGAAAAAGACGAAGAUGGAAACACACCUUUACACCUUGCAACCAUUUAUGGGCAUCCGAAGCUCGUUCGCGUACUCAUAAGGGAUGAAAAAGUGAUUCUUAAGCUGGUAAACAACAAUCGCCAGACAGCACUCGACGUUGCUGAGGAACAAAUGGAAAUGGGACUUGCGUCAUUUCAAAAGGUCAGUCAGUGCUUUACGAUAUUGAAAGGAUAUUUUAAAAUCAUAAUCUUGAAACCGUAAGAAUUUACAAUAUCUGGUAAAUU